AUGGCUCACAAGUCAUCCACAGACACGCCCAACAAGCAACAGCAAAAAGCGCACCAGCAAAACACCGCAAAACGCGACAACAACAAUAAAUCACUAACACACUCUGGCAAUAGCGGGUUACUCGCUAGCAGUAUACAGAGUAUGGGAACACCUGCAAAGAAGAGCGAUUUAUACGCUGGCCCGACAUUUCAUCAUUCUCCUGCGCCGGCAAAAUUACCGCCACCGCCAUUUCUGUCGAGUAGCGCAUCCUCACAGCAGACCAUCAUGCAGCAAUUUGCAGGGAUGAUGGGUGGUGGUCUUCAACAGCAACAGCAACAACAACAACCACUACAGUCUGGUAUGACGGCGGAUGAAGUCGUGGAUGCAUCACCCUUAGGGUUUCUAUUCCGUGCGAAAGAACGAGAAGAGCGGGUUGCAGGAGAACCAUCAAGUCUCUCUCAUCACGCGCUGAGUAUGCAUCUCGGCCAACAACAACUGCAUCACCCGACAAACCGGCAUUCCCCGCCAUUAUCGGUGGAUUACACAGAUGAUGAUGAGAGUGUCUUUGCAGAUCUGACAUCACCCGUCCAGCCCGCUACUGCACAAUUUCAGGGACCUGCAAGUAUUCAGGCGGUCAAGAAACCAGCGUGGCAACCUAUUGAACGGCCGCCGACGUUGAGUCUGGCAGAGAUCCAGCGGGAGCCUGAGGAAGUGAUGAUGCCUGUUGCUGAAAGACAAGUGGCGACGAAGCGGCCAAAGAAGGCAGCGAGUGGCGUGUCUACACCACAACAGCAGCAAACUCGAAAGAGCACGAACGUACAUGAUAAGCAGCAGCAGCGCUCAAUGAAGCAAGAAGGAGGGGACAGCGCACCCAAGUCGCAGCGACGUAAACGCAAAGAUGUCACUGCUGUGAAUGGUAGUCCAUCGUUACCCAAGAUGAUCCUGAAGAGAGAACCUGCUGCGUCUGGUUCUGGUGGUGAAUUGUCUUCUUCCUCUCCACCACCCGUACAAGCCAGUACGGCAAGGAAGAGCAAAGCGACCCGACAAUCGUCGGCGUCUGAAUUUCAGCCCUUGAAGAAACCAUCUCCACAGCCAGUUCAUGCAACACCGACAAUUUUGAAGCGUGCAAAGGAUGAAGUCAAGCAAGCGUCUGCAUCUGUGGCGAUCAAGCCUGCCUCUUUGCAGGGAGAGGAUGACGAUGCACAGCUGCUUCGAGAGGCGUCCAAUUUGGUUAAACUACUGAGUUUGAAUCCAGCAACGGAGCAAGACCGUCCCAUGACGCCGUUAUCGAACCGUGCUGCAUUGCAACAGAGCGCGAUUGGUACGCCACGCGAAACUGCCGUGUCGUCUGGUAUGGCGACACCGCAGCGACAAGAAGAACAAGAUGGCGAUCGAUCACUAGCGGAUCAGCAGACAGAGUUGGCAUUGCACCGAAUGUUGGGCCUUUCGCAGCCUUCUAGCUCAGGAGGCACACCAACGAGUUUCCGGGAGAGCGGUGGUGAGAAGAAUGGACAUGAGGUAACGCCCAGCACGUUGGAGAUGGAUCUGCGCAAGUUGCUCCACUUGUCUGCGUGA